AUGCAUCAGCACACCAAACUCGCUGUGGGUCUUCUGGUGAUCGUGGGGGCCGGGGCAUGCGUGCUCUCCUCCUGGUUUCUUCUUAGUGCCUUGGACACCGCCAAGCGCCUCCACAGAACCGCGGAGGUGCUCCGGGCAACGGACCCUCCAGCAAGCCUGCUGGGCCGCCUGCGGGGUGCCCUGGCUACCCUGUGGUGGCUUGGCCCCCUCAGGCCCAGCCCUGUGCGGGACCCGCUGGAGGAGUGCGGGGUGAUGCUUGGCGCCUCACCGCCCUGGUGGGAAGCGGUCUGGAAUCACGCCGAAAACCGGCGUCAGCUGGCAUGUCUGCGGGAGCAUGUCGCGCUGCUCGGGAGAGAACACUCGCAGCUUGGCAGCGGCCUGGAGGGCCUCCCGUUCCCGUGUCUGGUCAUCGCGGCCCUCUUCAUGGUGGCCGGCUGGCUCUACGCCGCCGCCAAGUCCCGCGUCGACGGCGGUGACGCCACGAGUGCCCCAGUCGUCAUGCCUAUCCCAAAGGAGGUGGUGACUAUCCCAGAGGAGGUGGUGACUAUCCCAGAGGAGGUGGUGACUAUCCCAGAGGAGGUGGUGACUAUCCUAAAGGAGGUGGUGACUAUCCCAGAGGAGGUGGUGACUAUCCCAGAGGAGGUGGUGACUAUCCCAGAGGAGUUGGUUACUAUUCCAAAAGAGGUGGUGACUAUCCCAGAGGAGGUGGUGACUAUCCCAGAGGAGGUGGUGACUAUCCCAGAGGAGGGGGUUACUAUUCCAAAGGAGGUGGUGACUAUCCCAGAGGAGGUGGUGACUAUCCCAGAGGAGGUGGUGAUUAUCCCAGAGGAGGUGGUGACUAUCCCAGAGGAGGUGGUGACUAUCCCAGAGGAGGUGGUGACUAUCCCAGAGGAGGUGGUGAUUAUCCCAGAGGAGGUGGUGACUAUCCCAGAGGAGGUGGUGACCAUCCCUGAGGAGGUGGUGACUAUCCCAGAGGAGGUGGUGACCAUCCCAAAGGAGGUGGUGACUAUCCCAGAGGAGGGGAUUACUAUCCCAGAAGAGGGGGUUACUAUUCCAAAGGAGGUGGUGACUAUCCCAGAGGAGGUGGUGACUAUCCCAGAGGAGGUGGUGACUAUCCCAAAGGAGGUUGUGACUAUCCCAAAGGAGGUGGUGACUAUCCCAAAGGAGGCUGUGACUAUCCCAAAGGAGGUUGUGGCUAUCCCAAAGGAGGUUGUCACUAUCCCAAAGGAGGUUGUGACUAUCCCAAAGGAGGUGGUGACUAUCCCAAAGGAGGUGGUGACUAUCCCAAAGGAGGUUGUGAUUAUCCCAAAGGAGGUUGUGACUAUCCCAAAGGAGGUGGUGACUAUCCCAAAGGAGGUUGUGAUUAUCCCAAAGGAGGUUGUGACUAUCCCAAAGGAGGUGGUGACUAUCCCAAAGGAGGUGGUGACUUUCCCAAAGGAGGUGGUGACUAUCCCAAAGGAGGUGGUGACUAUCCCAAAGGAGGUGGUGACUAUCCCAAAGGAGGUGGUGACUAUCCCAAAGGAGGUGGUGACUAUCCCAAAGGAGGUGGUGACUUUCCCAAAGGAGGUGGUGACUAUCCCAAAGGAGGUGGUGACUAUCCCAAAGGAGGUGGUGAUUAUCCCAGAGGAGGUGGUGAUUAUCCCAGAGGAGGUGGUGAUUAUCCCAGAGGAGGUGGUGAUUAUCCCAGAGGAGGUGGUGAUUAGCCCAGAGGAGGUGGUGAUUAGCCCAAAGGACCCAGUGGCCUUCCCAGAGGAUAGAGUGGCCAUCACAUAGCAGGUGGUGGCCACUACCAGUGAGACACAGCCCUCUACUUCACAUUGUGCCGAUGUUAUGCCCAGAGGACAAAAUCCUCCCCCUAUGGAUGACGUUGAGUCAGAAAGACCCGAAAAGCCUGCGAUGAGCCUCAACCAGUCUGGCGGGUCGAGUCACUCUGUGAAGACUUCCCACAACCUGAAGGGCAAAAUCCUACCCUAAGUGUCACAUCCAGUUGAUUUACGAAGUACAGACGCAGUUCAAAGAGAUCCACGGCACCUGCGACGCGUCUCAGCGAGUCUUGGUACAUCAGUCAGUUGUCAAAGACUUGGAGGCAUCUUUGAGGAAGUAAACUCCAUCCAGCACGUAGUUCAGUCCCUGUGGCAGGAAGCUCAAGUGGUGUCUGAAGUGAUCUACCCGCUGUGCCAAGACAUCGACGCCACCUGGGAGGAGGUUCAGGCCCUCUGGAGGGACAUGGAGCCGGUCUGGCAACACCUGCAGGCCAUCUGGUAGGAAGUUGUUUCCUAUCGCGGCAGGGAGACUGAUCAAGGAGGUUCGGCCAGUUUGGAAAGAAGCAAGAGCCUGAGUGUGAGGAGGUCCAGCCUGUGGUAAGACUCUGAGGGGUCGAACACUCCGAACCGCUCCCUGUGUACUUUUCUCCUCCUGCCGAAGGCUCUGACGCGGCUGGGGACGAUAAUGCUGAGGAUUAAGGAGGAGGCGCAGGCUGAGUUACUUUUCUGAAUAUAAUUUUUAUCUUGUAUUCAACUAGAACACACACUGUUUUCAAAACUUUGAUUUCAACGAUGGGCUACAGCAAUGGCAUUAUUAAGUUUUUCAUUAUUUAAUUUGAUCAUUUUGUCUCUCAUGCCCGUGUCACUGCGAUAGGUUGUCAUUUUAGCAGCGGUAAGUUAUUUUUCGUUGCAUUAAGGUGGGAAUAAGUUAUAUAUAAUCCUUAAUUACACCUUCACAUGAAGACAUCACAUACAGACAGACAGAGAGACGGACUACAGGGUAAAUGAGAUUAUGUCACGGUAAAUCCAAUCUGUUUGCUUGUGUUUUUGUUGUUGUUGUUCGUAACUGUUCCUAUGCUUGUCUGUCCAUUCACCGGGUUAUCUAGUUUCUUCCGUUUUGUGUAUCCUUGUUUACCUGUCUGGUAGGAAGAUGGAACAGAAGGGGACGAGGAAGGUUACCAUUGGAAGAACGGCUUUGUCUCUGCGGUCAGAUCCAAGCAGAGAUGCAUGUAGUACAGGACUGCACAUUAACACAGCAACUGAGGGACACACACAACUUUGCUAAUAUCCUUGACUUGUUUGCUGACCAGUAUGA